UAUAUUCAAUUUAUUUGUUUCAUUUUAAUGGUUUUAUGUGAUAUAAAGUCAACAAUAAUCUAUAAAAAAUAGUGCGAUAAACGUGAUAAGCAUGAAUUUUCUAUUGAAAUACGAUAAAUUGCCAUAUUUAUCAAGGUCUGUGCGUUGGCUAACUAAAGGUGUCUUAAAUUUUACUUCUAAGAUAUAUUAUCCGGAAACAUCACAAAAUAUUACUAAAAUCCAAAACCAUUAUUUUUUUCCAUGUUAUUUAUUCAGUACAAUGUCAUCUAAUAGUCCAAACUACAUGGGAGUGGUGAAUAUGAAGAGAACGUUAUCAACUGGCAUUCCAUUGUUAAAAGAUGAACAAGAAAAGGGUGGUGGUGAAAGUGGUGGUGGUAAAGGACCACCUAGAUCUGCUUCUUAUGGAUCAAAAGGAAAAAUAAUAGCUGUUAUUGGUGCAGUUGUUGAUGUGCAGUUCGAUACAAAUUUACCAUUAAUAUUGAAUGCUCUAGAAGUGCCUGAUCGAAAGCCUCGCUUGAUUCUGGAAGUUGCACAGCACUUGGGUGAAAAUACGUGUCGAACCAUAGCUAUGGACGGAACAGAAGGGCUUGUUCGUGGGCAAGUUAUAAUAGAUACAGGAGCACCUAUAACAAUUCCAGUAGGAGAGCCAACAUUAGGGAGAAUUAUUAAUGUCAUUGGCGAGCCUAUUGAUGAGCGUGGACCAAUUGAAACUAAUGAGUAUGCUCCAAUUCAUGCUGAUGCUCCACCUUUUGUUGAGAUGUCAGUUGAACAAGAAAUUCUCGCUACUGGAAUAAAAGUUGUAGAUUUACUUGCCCCGUACGUCAAAGGUGGGAAAAUUGGACUUUUCGGUGGAGCAGGGGUUGGUAAAACUGUACUGAUAAUGGAGUUAAUAAAUAAUGUUGCCAAAGCUCAUGGAGGUUUUUCCGUAUUUGCUGGUGUUGGUGAACGUACCAGGGAAGGGAAUGAUCUGUAUAAUGAAAUGAAAGUCGGUGGUGUAAUUAAAGAUAGUUAUAAAGAUUCAAAGGUGGCUUUGGUAUAUGGACAAAUGAAUGAACCACCUGGUGCUAGAGCCCGUGUAGCAUUAACGGGUUUAACACUAGCAGAACAUUUUCGAGAUAAAGAGGGCCAAGAUGUACUUUUAUUCAUAGACAAUAUUUUUCGUUUUACCCAAGCUGGUUCAGAAGUAUCCGCUUUGCUUGGUCGAAUCCCUUCGGCGGUAGGAUAUCAGCCUACUCUAGCAACUGAUAUGGGAACAAUGCAAGAACGUAUUACUACAACGACAGCUGGUUCUAUUACAAGUGUACAAGCAGUGUAUGUACCUGCUGACGAUUUGACUGAUCCUGCGCCGGCUACAACUUUUGCACAUUUAGAUGCAACUACAGUAUUAUCUCGUGCAAUAGCUGAAUUGGGAGUGUACCCUGCUGUUGAUCCACUUGAUUCUACGUCUCGGGUAAUGGAUCCUAAUAUUAUUGGACCUGAACAUUAUGGAGUUGCUAGAGGCGUGCAGAAAAUAUUACAAGACUAUAAAUCGUUGCAGGACAUUAUAGCAAUUUUAGGAAUGGAUGAAUUGUCUGAAGAUGAUAAGCUUACCGUUGCACGAGCUCGUAAAAUACAACGAUUUCUUUCCCAGCCCUUCCAAGUCGCUGAAGUAUUCACUGGUCAUGUUGGAAAACUUGUUAAAUUAGAAGACACUAUAAAAGGAUUCAAAAGAAUACUUAACGGUGAAUUAGAUAACAUACCCGAAGCCGCAUUCUAUAUGGUUGGUACUAUUGAAGAUGUAGUAGCGAAGGCACAAUCAUUAGCAAAAUGAUAUAGCGAAAUUAUUUCGUCUAGUUUUGAAUUAAGGUAUAUUGUAAUACAUUGUCUGAAUUUAUGAUAUUCUACAGUUCUAUAGGAAGAGUUAAUAAAAUAACAUUACUCCAAA